UAUAUAUAUAUAUAUAUAUAUCUUAAGGACUUUGAGACAUUUUCAUAUGUUUUUAUCACUACUGUAUUAAGUUCACAUCAAUUACCGACAUUUCAACCACAUCUUUUACAUCCAUUGUCCCAACUUGUUCUUCUAUAUUAUAGUACUUAGUAGUUACUUAUAUCCGUAUUAUUGUUGUUGAAUUUGUUUUCAGUUAUGACUCGUCCAGCUAGAUUUCUGCUAAGCACAAACUCUUCUUCAACUUCCCCUUCAACGCCGGCGGCGGAGCCACCAUCUGCGGUGGCAGUGGAGUCUGACUUUGUCGUAAUACUAGCUGCUUUGCUUUGUGCACUAAUUUGUGUGGUGGGUCUCAUAGCCGUUGCAAGAUGCGCGUGGCUCCGGCGAGAAACCGGCGCCGGAGGUGGCGGAGCUGGUGGUCAGUCUUCGUCGGCGGCGAAUAAAGGGUUGAAGAAGAAAGUGUUGCAGUCGUUGCCUAAGUUCACGUAUGACCCCAGCAGUACAACGGCGAAAGGUACGCCGUUCACGGCGGAGUGUGCCAUUUGUCUGGCGGAGUAUGCGGUGGGAGAUGAGAUCCGGGUGCUGCCGCAGUGUGGCCAUAGUUUCCAUCUCCCGUGUAUUGAUACUUGGUUAGGUUCACACUCUUCGUGCCCUUCUUGUCGUCAAAUUCUCGUGGUUGCUCGGUGUCGGAAGUGCGGUGAGUUCCCUGCAGUUUCCCACAAAACCGACGGUGCUCCGGCUACAACUCCGGCUGAGUCUCGUUCAUGUGCUGGCUCAAGUAAUUUUCUAGUCUAGAAAAAAAAAGAAAAAAGAUUUAGCUUUAAGUUAUAUACGCCGAUAAUGUAAAAGAUCAAUCUAAUUUACAUUAUCAGUGCAGUUUUACCAGUUGUAAUCCGUCACUUAUUGUGUUAUGCAAGUUAGGUUACUAAUCUACGGAUUAUCAUAGACAGUUCCUUGUAAUUA